GAUGAGCUGCAGAGGUCGGAUGGCACAUGCAGGUAGACCAGCCAGGAGGGAGUUGCAGUAGUCUAGGCGUGAGAUAACGAGAGCCUGGGCCAGAAGUUGCGUCGUUUUCUGGGUCAGGAGGGGAUGGAUCACAUUCAAAAUAAGCCUUCUUUUUUCAAGUGCAUAUCCAUAUUGUACUGAUGAAAUGGCUCUCAACAUAUUUGCCCUAAUGAUUUGUCUCCACAGUAUGCAGGAAAGUGGUACGCUCUGCAGAAGAAGGACCCUGAGGGUUUGUUCCUGCAGGACAACAUCUCUGCUGAGUACACCAUCGGAGAAGAUGGAGCCAUGGUCGCCGCCUCCAAGGGCAGAGUUACUCUCUUUGGGUGGGUAUUUAAGUGGUGGAAAGUAAUUAAGUACUUCCACCCAAGAACUAUACUUAAAUACAACUUUAAGGCCCUUUUGCAAAAGUGCAAUUUCUCUUUUGCUCCAGGUUCUGGGUGGUGUGCGCCGACAUGGCCGCUCAGUACUCUGUGCCCGACCCCGCGUCCCCCGGCAAGAUGUUCAUGAACUACCAGGGCCUGGCCAGCUACCUUUCCAGCGGAGGCGACAACUACUGGGUCAUUGACACAGACUACGAGAACUACGCCCUCACCUACGCCUGCCGCACCCUGAAGGACGAUGGAAGCUGCGACGACGGAUACUCCCUGCUCUUCUCCCGCAACCCCCGCGGCCUCCCCCCCGCCAUCCAGAGGGUCGUCCGCCAAAAACAGGAGGAAAUCUGCAUGGUCGGCGAGUUUCAGCCUGUGCUGCAGACUGGUACGUAACGUACAUGUACUCAACUCCUGUAAUUAAGUAUACAUUUGAGGUACUUCUACUUUAAUCGAGUAUUUCUAUUUAUGCUAUAUUUAAUACUUCUACUGUGCUACAUUUUGGAACUCAAUAUUGUACUUAAUACCUCUCGCCAUUUAUUGGGAUGUUUAUUAAUAUUGUCACAUUCGAAACAUUUCUUGUCACUACGCCCUCGAAAUGACUCCCUUCACAAUAAGAAUGUGGCCUUUUUGGUUCAUUACAAUCGGGCAAGUCUAGAGAAAUCACAAGACUGAAUGUAAAAGCUUUUAAAAAGUUAACUUUGUGGACAAGUAUUCAUCUCUGGAUCUUAACAACUAAUUAGAAAAUAUUUUUGUAAUUUUAUUUGUUACAUUUGAAUAAAUCUAACACUUGUUUCUCUCUCUUGUUUUAACAGGAGCCUGCUAAACUUCUUCUUCUGGAGUCUCUGUAUAUACCGGAUGAUCAUCCUGCCCAAAAUGAAGACAUAGCCCUUCUCAAAGAAAGAAUAAUAAUUCUGUUAUGAUGUUCAAACGUCAUAAGAGAGACUUCGGAUAUAUCAAAUGAAAUGUCACAUUGAAUAACUAAAUCAACACUGCCAAUGA